AUGGUCCUUACUUUUCGGUCAAUAUUGCUGUUAUCUUUUCCACUUCAUAUCUUACAUGUAUUAUUUUUCUCUCAUCAUUUUUUUUUAUUCAAGGAUCAUAACUAUGGGCAGCCGCCACCCAUGACGCCCCCUGACUCCAACAGCCCUGGGCCCGAGGAUGGUGAUACUGGAAAUGAAGAUGAGGAGGAUGAUGGUGUUACGCGAUGUAUAUGGUAGGCCUCAGGAACUGAAUAAUGAUCUUCUCAUACCCUUUUCAGAUUGAUAUUGUUGUUGGUCCCACAAAAAAUAAAUUAUUAAAAUAAAUUGUGGGUUAUAAGAGAAAAGGUUUCUACCAUUCAUGAGAUCAGUUCUUAAAAGUCAUUUUAUUAAGGGUUGUCAAAACGUUAGUGCUUGGAUUUGAUGUGUCAGAGUAGAGAUCAUGGUUUUACACAGUUCUACAUUACGAUGUUAAUCUUCAGUUAAAUUUCCCAGAUGUAGCGAUCUGAGUCACAAUUGUUUUUUUCUUUGCAGUGACUUUGAUCAUGAUGAUGGCUACAUGAUUUGUUGUGACAAGUGCAGGUUGGUUUCUUCUGUUGUAGUUUUCCAAUAGAGACACAUGGCUGCAGUGUGUUUUCUAGCCAUUAUAGAGCUUAACCAACUUUUGCAAACAGCUGUUUAAAAACUAAACUUUGACAUUUAAGAUUAGAAGCUACUCUUACUAUUGCUUCAACCAGCUUUUCUUGGCAUUUGUGUUUUUAUUAAGAACACAAUAGUUAUUGUUGUAGACCCCUUUAUUACAGCUUGCCGUUUUACAUUGUACUACUUGGGACAAUCUUUAUUGCUCUUGCGAUUUUUAGGCUGUUUCUUUGGUCAUUAGCUAAAAAAAAGACCCUUCUUGCAUUGUAAACAUUGUUUUUUACCCGUCACUUUGAAAGAGGAUGUAACAUAAUGGUUGUCUUUUUGAUGCUUUGUAGUGUGUGGCAACACAUUGAAUGCAUGGGCAUCAGUUCUGAUGCGGUGCCAGAAAACUAUCUUUGUGACCAGUGCCAGCCAAGGUAGGCUUUCUUGAUGAAGGCAUCUGUAACUUUCCCUAAUGCAACCUAUAAACUUAAGUGUGCUAGAUAGAUGAGUGGUUAAUGGACCCUUUCACAGUUUUGUCAAAGCAAGCAAAGAUAUAAACCUCAUUUACACGUGCUAUAAAAAUUGGCACGGCACGGCACGCCACGCCAAAUUUUUGGCACCGUGCCUCGUUUACCCAUUCCCCGGAGGUAGUCUCGUCACCCCUAAAAUUUUGAGCACUGGUGCCACAUUACAUUUGGGACCGAUACGUUUACACAUUGGAAAAUUGGGAGUGCCGUGCCUUUAAAUCGUCAGCUCGGUGCCAAAAAUUUGAUAUGCCGUGCCGAUUUUUUUAGCGCGUGUAAAUGGGGUUAUAGCUCCCCAAAUUUUUAUGGGCGUUUGUGUGGUUGGUACCAGGUUUGUGCCGCCCAUCAUACAAACAUCUUGUGCCUUUGGGAAACUAUGUCUUUGUUCUAUUUUUAGGCUCUCUUUUUGGCAGUGUAGUCAGAUUUUCUCUACAAGUAGAUAGUAUACAUAACUAUUCAUGGUAGGGCAAGGUAGCUAUUACUGUUGUCUGUAAUCAUCAGAAUGAAAACUAAAUUUAACAGCUUGAUAACAAGGGUAGUAAAAGUAAAUGGUAAAGAAAUGAACAAUUAUUUAUUUUAUUUAUUUAUUUUAUUUUAUUAUUUUGCCACACACAAUGAAUUACAAGCAGAAUAAAAACGAUAAUAGCGGAAGUAAUUCUUCAUAAAAGCAGUUUUAUGUACGGAUCUUCGCAGCAAUGAUGUAUAACAACUGAAUAACAGAGGCGAGAGAAAAAAUUAAGUUACUGCUCUGAAUCAGUGAAGAAUUGACUCACUGUAUUUUGUUUUCCAUCAUAGGACACUGGACAGAGAGCGAGCUCGAGCAAUCCAGCAGCGUAAAAGAGAGGAACAAAGUGGUAAGUCCUUGACAGUUUGCUUCCUGUUUAAAAAAGAGUAUGUGAUUUUUCCAACCAUGCGUAUUCUUUGUCCAGACGAUGACGACGAUGAUGAAGAUAGUGAAGAAGACAGAGAAACUCCUUCUUACACUGCCAUCUCCAAUACACCGACAAGAAUCACCCUGACAGCCAAAGUUAGCCAGAAACGAAAGCGAGGUCCCAACAAGAUUAAGGUUAAAGACCAGAACAUUCCUCCUGUACAGGUAUGUUUGUUCUUUUCUGUCUUCCUUAACAUAUCAGGAGGCAGUUUGGCUGAGUGGUUAGGGCACUGGACUUGUGAGUCUGAUGCCCUGAACGCUAGCUGGAUUUUGUUCUCAGUAGUCCAGAGUUCAAAUCCACAGUCGCGCUUGUAAAAUAGCCAACUUGUUCGCCUCCUACAAGUUGGGAUUUUUAACUGUGUCAUGUUCCAUUUUGCGAUAAAUAUUAGCGAUAAAAAAUCACGACGUUUCGACCUCUCCGAGGUCAUUUUCAAGUGUAUAAAAGUUCUCUAAAUUAGCAUAGAUAAGUUAAAAGCAAGUUAUAAUAGAUAAAAAUGUGGUGAACGCUAAAAUGUGAUAAAAUAUGUAAAAAUGUAAAAAGUGCUAAAAAAAUAUUUAUAAAGUCAAAAAACAAUGGAAAUAAAACAAUGUUUCCAUUUUGUUUCAUUAUUUGUUUCAUUAUCCUUGAAAAGCUCCAUAAGGGGAGAGGAUAAUUAAAAUAUUAUUAUUAUUACAUGCAUGCUCUCACUGUGAAUUUUCAUUAAGAUUUCCAAGCAUAGGAUCAAAAAGUUUAAUUGUAAACAGACUGAUCUGUUGAUAAUACUUAACAGGGUGAAGGCACUGACAAAGAGAAGAAGCCCAAAAGAAGACGGGUAGGUGCCUUAUGCCCUUUCCUGUCUAAUAGAAUAAUGAUAAUGUUGUUAAAGAACUUCAUGGUAAGGCUUUUCUGAUCAAACUUUCCUUUUUUCCUCUUUCUUUUAAACAGAGACAGAAACAAAAACCUCCCCAAGGAUUUGUCCCUGGUAAGUUACACUUUUCUUUUCGAGUUUCUAUUAUUACUGUAAAGUGGGUUGGCAACUGGUUUGGAAGCUGGCCCUUUGGUGCCAGGGAGUUACACCUGUUGGACUAGAAAAUCGAAAGUUCCUAUUUUUGGCAGCUAAAGUUUUCAGAGUGCAUUUCAACUUGCAGUUGUGUCCUACUUCACUGUAUCAUGUACACAUAGUCUCCACCUUGUUGGUGAUACAUUUUUUUAUGGUACUAAAGAGGGGAUUUUAUUGCAAAAUGGUUUGCAAGACCCACUGCCAACUUUCUGUUGAAGAAGACCUCUAGAAGAUAGACUGUUCUGUAAUAAUGGACAACUAGAGUUAGUCCGUGUUAUUCAGCUAUAACUUGACUGUUUUUAAGGCAGAUACACGUACAUCUCUAAGGUGAGCGCCUCGUAUCAGUCCUGAAAUGUUUGUGUUUGAGAGAGCCUGCGAGCGAGCUCUCCACUUCAAGUGGGGAGCAAAGCAAGCCACAUGAGAAUAAUGUGAACAUGCAGCAAAUUCUCAAGGGUGAAGGAAAAAGAGAGUUAUGGAGAGCUGUCUCUCAGGCUAACUUAGUGAGAGCUGACUGCAUGUUUGAUCUUGUUCAUCCAACAGUUGUAGUUUUGAUUGAGAUAGGGGAUUAAGCUGUUGGCUCUUUGUAGAUAUUUCUGACUUAAUAAUCUUAAAUAACUGGUUUCUUUCUGUACUCCAGUUGAUGAGGACACAAACGAAGCAUGGGAGAACAGUUGCAGUUCUUAUGACCAUUAUGAAGAAGUAAAGGAAAAUAUUUACGGCAAGGAGCUUGAGGAGCUCCCACUCAACUCAGGGCAGGUAAGGCUGAAUAACAGACUGUGCCAGGUUAACCCUUCAAGCCCCAGCAUCCAUGUCUUAAUUCUUGAGACUGAUCUCCAUACAUUAACUUAAGUGGUCCAGAGAAUUUGAUAAAAGAUCAAAGCAUGUUCCCUUUGUGAAAUGUUUGAACACAGGGGUCAUUUCAUAAGUAGGUUGAGUAUGACUGGCCGGCCUGAAUUGGACUGUGUUGACAGUGACUGACAUUGUUCUCUUGUAGUUAGUUUACUUACAGGUCAAUAACCAGAGUUUAAUACCAUUGACUGACGUAAUACAACUCACUUUGAGUCUGAAGAUGACUACUGCACAGGUUGUCGAAAUGUCAGUCACUGUCAACAACAGCAGUCCUCUUCAGGACCACGUUCACCUGGAGGAUCCUACUCAACCUACUCAUGUUCCGUUUGGUGAUCAUUUUGUUUAUUCUUAUCACCUUUCCUCUUAAUGAUCUUAAUGAUGCAUUGUUAUUGUUAAGAGAAAAUUGAGAUUGAUCUCUCUUGGAACUUAACAUUCACAAGGUCCUCUUAACUAAACAGAACACUUUUUUCAUAGGAAAAUGGAUACCUGCCAGCAGUUGCUGGUGAUGAUCAGCUCUGUAAAGUAGCAGACGUGCAAAGAUACAAGAAGGUAAGUAAUAUUCAUGGCUUUACGCACACAGUGGAGAUAAAGAUGCUGUAAAUUUUCAGGUUAUGCUAUUAAGGUGAUUUAUCUGGUACAGGAAGAGAGUGUCAAAUAUCACCUUGUAAAAAAGGUUCAUUUAAGUUUGUUCUGUGUUGGAUCUCCUCCGUGAAGGGGCUGAGUCACAGUUGUCCAGUUCUCUUUGUUAACCCUUUAGGUCCCAGUAUCCACAUACAAAUUCUCCAAACUGGUCUCAAACAUUUUUUUUAAGAAUUAAUUCAGAGAAUUUGAUAAAAGAUCAAAACCUUUUUCCUUUGGUGAUGAUUUUAUUAAUUCUCACACCUUUUUCUCUUAAUAAAGCACUGAUAUUGUAAGGCAAAAAUUGAUGUUGGUCACUAUUUAGACUUAACGAUGCCAGUUUCACAUCCUUAUUCACUAUGGACAUUGAGAUAUUACUUGCAAAUGACAAAAUCACAGCUCUAUGUCAAACAAAAAUGCCUCCCAAGUAUUAUAUCAAACGUUACAAACAACAAAAAUGAACUUGGAAAAGCUGCCAGGCUAGCAAGUUUUCAAAACGCACAAUUGCAAUCCACUUUAAUUGUUUUAGAAUUUGACCAUCCAUACCUACUUUUCUAUUUGUCGUGUUAUUUAAACCUUCUUUUUAUGUUUUGAGCAGUUAUUUUUAUGUUCCACUCAUUUUGGUGACGGUUCCAACCGUUUGAAUUUUUAUAAAUUUCUUGGCACAGCUCCUUUAAAUCUCUGCCUGAUUAUUGUUGUUUUUAUUUAGGGCAUUGUAGCUACAGACGACAUGGAUAAGAACAGGUUUAUUAUCCAGUGCAAGGUUAGUCUGACAGUGUUAUUUAGGUUGUCCUUUUUUAGAGAUCUUGAGUAGUCUCCCUUUAGGCUUGUUAUGGUAAAUGGUAAAAUUUGCAAGGCGCUCAACCAAGUAGAUUAGCUAUAACUUCUGUUUACACUGCAUUUUAUCCCUCAGACGGCCUUACUUCCAAGACUAUUAGUAAUUUUAUGUUGUUCUUUUAUUUCAGGGAAAACUUAUGCUUCUUUCCAAAUUUGAAGCUGAAAACCCUUUCUUCAAACGGUAUGAUUGUAUUUUGUUUCUUUGUAUGUUUGUUUGUUUGUUUUUGCUUAAACGUGUUCUGAGUUGAAAAGAUAAAUUAGGCAAUGGGUCAAAACAAGGCUGUGCUCUAGAAAAAAAAUUGAAGGGAGCCCAGUGCUCAGAACUUGUGAAAUCCAGGUUGCCCAGUAGCAAAGUUAGGUGCCUAUGGGCUAUGGGAUGCCGCCAGGUGUAAAGGACAGCCUUGGGAAACCUUGCAGUGUGUGUUUCAGCCAGUUAGACUGCCUGUUAGCUCAUUUGGUUGAGUAUCAGACUUCAGAGCAGUAAACUCAGGUACAAUUCCCUGCUAGACCAACACUCUAGUCUUUUUGUUGGUGAAGAAAAAAAAAAAGGUUAGGCAUUGUCUUCCAUCAUUUCAUUGAAAUGACUCAUUGAGAUGUAAAAGUAACUGUCACUGGCGUUGACAAUCCCAGCUGCUUCUUGUUUUUUGUGGCAAAGGUCAGGGAGGGGAGGGCACCUUGCAUAUAAGUUAAUAUGACUCUUGUUCCUGCCCAUCCCCAGUGGAUAGGUUUGCAUCCAGUAAAUUUGAUAAAUUUACAUCAUUGCACAGUUGCUAACAGCAUUAUUUUGUUAAAUAUUGAGACCAAAUUAUGGAAAAGAAAAAUGGGACAGCGUGUAACAGGAACAGCAACAUAAUACUUGGAUUCAUUUACCUUUUUAUAGAUCAAGUUAAGUUUUAUAAGGCUCCUUGACCAUCCAUAGCUUGCAAUAAUUGUUUUUUGUUGUUGUCCUUACAGAUGUAGCCCAUAUGUAUUCUAUUACUCUAAACCGGACCAUUUACAACUGUGUGUUGAUGCUAGAACUCAUGGCAAUGAUGCAAGAUUUGUUAGAAGAUCCUGUUCACCAAAUUCGGAGGUUAGUAAUCAGAACAAGGAUGCACAGAAGAUCGUUAAUUAUUUCCAUUCUAACUGCACACAGAUGGCUGGUAAAGUGAGUGGACUGUAUUGUGCGAGAGUUUUAGCCCUACCCCGCCCUUGUGGGGAUGAUCUUGCAUAAGCACAAUAUUAUGAACAUUACCCGCGUGGUAAGGUGAGAGAGUGAGAGACACUGUUUUUUUUGAGAGAGAGGGUUGAGAAAUAUGUUGCAAGAAUUCAAAACAGGAUUUAAAUUAAAAGGAAGAGAAAACACAACGCAUCAUGAUUUUAUUGAGGGUAAUUUAUAAGUGUAGACCACAAUAUAACAAAGGGCCAAGGGACUGGCAAAACACAUGUAUGUUUGCUAUAACAAGGUAUUGUUAUUGUGACGUACUUUUCCAUGUAUUUUACUAUUACUGGGGCAAAAAAUACCACUUGUUUCAUCGAAGACGUAAGCAAAUAGGGGCUCAUUAUAUUGAGUUUCAUUGUUUUAAGUCAUCCAACAGUGACAUAAAAUACUUAAAGUAGACCUAAGUAGUCAAGGGCCCAAGAAUUAAAUAUUGUAGUUUUAUUAUUAUUAUUUUUUUAGGUCAAGCACUUUCUCCUCAAUGGAAGGGUCUGCUUGGGCAUCUUUUCUUCAGCUCCCUUACCCAGAGGGGCUGAGAUCACGAUCCCCUUUGAGUUCCAGUUUGAAGAGUACCGUAGCAACCUGGACUGUGCAUGUGCGCAGGACUCCUGUGCAGUGAUGAAGCACAACCUCAGGUUCCAGAACCAGAUCCAAGAUGGCCACACCCAGAAGCGAUUCAAACCUCAUGACGAGGACAGCAACUCUGGCUCACAUCAGAAAAUGUCUCCGCUCGGAGUAUCACUUGCCAAUAGUCAUGGAAUGCAGGUGUGUGUUUGUCUAAUUCUUGCCCGCAGAUACUAUACAUGUAGUCCAAAGAGAACCUUAAAAUCCCAAAACAGCGACAGCGGCAAAAACGUCGCUUAAGAGUUAAAUUCGCCUUCUCUUAAUCUUCAUCGCGCCGAUCCCAAUUCACUUUGUCAAAUUUUGGCAAACUCUUGUGGAGUUGAGUUAUUAGGCUUAGAAAAAGGAAGAAAAUUUUUUAGUCGCUUGUUUACAUCCUCCAUCAAUGUGAAAUUAGGCCUUUUCCUGUCGUGGUUAUUGUUUUUCAGGCUUUUCAAGCAAAAGGCUGAUUUAUUUUUGCUUUUUCAUAUUGUCUAUUAGGGUGACAGUGACUCUGAUAUAGAGAACAACCCUGAAAAGCAGGGCAAGAAAAGUAGAGAGGAAAGAAAACUGGAAGCGUACCUUAGACAGAUCGAGAAAAUGGAAAAGAAAGAGAAACGCAAGCAGCAAUCCUCACAAAAAGAAGUUAAACCUGAACUUGUCAGCCCUGUCAGCCAGGAGGUGCCCUUUAACAAGCUCUGUAGUAAGAACAUGAAGGGUAUGAAACGAUCGUUCAAUAGAAAACGAACAGGUACACCAGGGAUUAAGAGAAAGCGCGCAAGGUUGUCUAGUUGCUCUUCGGAGCCACUGUCUCCUGAUGAACAUAGCAGUACGGCUUCAACACCCACCACGCCCAAGGUGUCAUCAGCAGCGUCACUACCGGAGGUUCCAGAGUCAUUCAGUGCUUCUGUCACGCCAUCCACGUCACCUAACGGCAGCUUCAGAUUCCCCAAGGAUGAAAAACAGGUAAAAUCGUCCAUUGAGUACUUUCAUGGCAGAUUUUUGUUUUAGUAAUUUGGUCUUUUCACUGUCUCCCUUUUCGAAAAAAGUCCCACCCGGUAUUCCAGGGCAUAUAGAUUUUCUUGCUGGGCAAUUAACUUAUAAAGCUUACUUGCCCAAUGAGCAAAGGUUUACGCAAGUCAUCCUCUAACAAAAUCAUUAACUAAGACGAGCAAGAAGUGGUCCCAGGCAAGAAAAAUGUGAGAACUGCUUGCCCACAGGACAAGCUGGAAUUCACGUUUUUUUUCCUCUCGAGCCCUGCAGUGUAGCUAUUUUGCGUAAUGGCAUGGUGCGAUUACGUGUAAUUAUUUUGAUUGGUGUAUUUCAGAGUGCAGAUGAGGAGAUUAAGGAGAUGUUGACCAAAGAAAAUGUCACGACGGUGACGACAGAACCAGCAGAUAACAGCGGACCAUCCACACCCAGUUCUCCCGUUACACCAGUGGACGAUAGCGAGCUUAACCUGAAGCCUGCCGAGAAUGUUGCAACUAGCACAACCGUUCAGGACCCUGUUCCUGAUGAAAAAAUUGACGUGGCAACAUCUGCAACUGAAUCCUUAUGCACAAGUACUACAGAGAGCACUCAGCUUAGUACAGAAGUGAAUAGCAAUUCAGUUUCGGAGUGUUUAGUGGAGAUUAAUGUUUCUGUAGGCAGCGGCAGAAACACACCCAGCCCCUGCCCUUCAACUGCAGGUAAAUGCCUUGGGAACUUUCUUCACCACCUAUUUUUUUUUUACGGCGCUUUUCAAUAACUUGCGACCUCAAAAGAAAAAAAAAUAACCAACGGUUAUGUUUUUCACUUUCGUUAAUCAUAAGCGAAACAAACAAAAGAGAAAGGGAGCGAAAUCUAGCAAUCACUACCUACUUACCACGUUUACUCGAGUUAGGGCAGAUUUUUGAACGGACAAAAACUUACACGGCUUCGCCUUUCGUUUACAUGGGACCCGCGGAUGGAUCAUUAAAACGUUUCUGGGAAACGGCCCACCUACCCCUCCCCUAGCCAGCAUUAACACUUCUCGCUUAGGGCAAAAUGCUGGUUUAGGGGAGGGGCUGGUGGGCAGUUUCCCAGAAACCAAAUUAAUUCGUGUAAUCGGGGUCACAGACGUUACGUGCACCUGUACCUUUUGAAGCCGCCGAAGAAAACCAAUGUUUCCUGAGAUAGAUGUGAAGCCUGUUCCAGAUGGUCACAUAGUGGAGAGUGGCGCAAAAUGGAGAGGCACAAUUUUCUAUGAGGCUAAUAGUCCACCCUUUAUUAUAACACCUAGACUUUCUGAAAUAAUCGACGUCAACACGUUGUUUGACACAGGUUCGCCAACAAGUGCAGAGAGUGUUAUGAGUGGAUACAGUGGCUGUGCUAGUGAGAGAAUCAGUCCAGGACCUGCACCUGGUAGUCCUGUGGCAUCGGUCAAGUUUGGACCUAGAGCAACGAGAACAAGUCCUUUCUAUGGAUCACUUAAGAAGGUAAACUAAAAGGGCCAAAGAAGCCAAUAAGAAUGCUGUUCUCAAAAAAACAGAUAGUUUUGUGGUUGAUGUGUUUAGUUUCAGGGUGGGGUUUAUUUCUGUCAGCUGCCAUAACCUUUUUGUCCAAAGGAAAUUUUUUGAAAAUCGAAGUUGAGAGAAUGGGUGUGUAUUAGUGUAUGGUUUUCGUUUCAAAACUAUUUGAAUCUUUUCAGAAUCGAUUCAUUAAGCUCCUGUUCCAGCCAUUUAGAGAGCAGAGAGCAACAGGCUCCAUUGAGUUUCUUUAAUGACUUCCAAAACAAAUAGAAAUUUAUAGUAUUUGAAGAGACGAGUUAUGCUGUUUUCGCUUUCUUGUUGUCAGCGGUGGUUAUUUCAGUACCUUUGUAGUCAAAGCCUGACGAAUGAAAAGCCUCCAAAUGGCUUGAGUCUUAUUGUAAGCAAUCCCCUGAAUGGGUCAGUCAAUGGAAAAACAAUUCCUUCCUCACUAAGAAGAAACACCGUGCCCAAGAGAGUAGGUGAGUGCUGUAUGCAUGCGAUAUUUUAAGCCUUGUUGAUAUGUAUAUGGAGAAACGUUUUCCCUGGAAAGACGGCUACCCUCAAAGAAGUUGACCCCUUCGCCCGAGCCCACAGCGUUCACACAUGCCAAAGUGUUUACAUGAAGAAAUGCUGUCCCCGAUACGAGCGAGUUCCAAGGAUCUUAUUCAUGUGGUGUACACUUUGUAAAUUGCUCUCAAUAAAAUCUCUGUGCCUUUUGUUUUCUCUCUCUUCUAGUGUAAAUCCUGUUUUGAACUCUUGCUAACAAUUUUACUCUCCGAAAAACCGUGUCUUUCACUCUCUCAUCGUCCUACCACGAAGUCAAAUUCUUUUAUAGUUCGUGUUUGCGCAAAGUCCCUCCCACAAGGGAGGGGUAAGGCUAAAACUCUCGCACAUUCAAUCAUAAAAGGAGAUCAAUAAGAGGUCUAUUUGAAUAGCUUGAUUUAUCUGUGCGAAUGUUCUUUGUUAUUCACAGAUCCGUUGCCACUCAAAAAGAGACAUUUAAGGAAGUUUCAGAGCACGACGUUUGAACCAGAAAAGCCUGUUAAGGAAACCAUGCGAACAUUAUCAAAUGAUUCACUUUGCGACGAGCCUCUUAUCGUGAGUUCGCCUGUUACACUGGAGCAGCAAGUGCAGAUCGUAUUAGCAGACAGCGUGAAUGACUUACAACCGCAUAAAGAUAGCACACUAUCAAAUCAUGAACAAUUCUCCUCAAAGGAGGAGACCCUUCUUAGAGUUGGCACCUCGCAUGUUCUUAGCGCUGGAGAGAAUUUAAUUACAAACUCUUCGUUUUCAUCGCACAGCGCUGUAGACACGCUAGCAACAAGCAGCUCAGGAAUUUUACAAAGGAGACCCAGUGACCCUAGACUUGUAAAUAAUUCCCCUGUUAGUAGUACUAGUACAAAUCCUGCGGGCUCUCCUGGAGGUGGUAUUCCUGUGGUGUCAAGUGCUGUUUCGCCUGGGGCGGUUCCUGUGAUUGGACAGUCUGUGGUGCAGUGUUCGCAGAGCAUUGACUCGUCUGGGACGCCAGGAAAGAAAAAGGUGUGAAUAUUGCAGUGAUCCCGCGCGUGUUGACCUUCUUCCCCUCGUAAUCUGAACACGCGUGUUUUGACCAAUAUUACUUUACUUCUUGCGGACGACGAGAGGAGCCCGCAAUCCUAAUCUCCAGGUUGUUAUUACGCAUGCGUCGCUUGUAUGUAGCCAGCAUUCGUUUUGAUUGCCAUUAAGAAUAAAUGGAAUGCAUGGAACCCAAUUUGAUCCCGCGCGUGUUGACCUUCUUCCCCUCGUAAUCUGAACACGCGUGUUUUGACCAAUAUUACUUUACUUUUUGCGGACGACAAGAGGAGCCCGCAAUCCUAAUCUCCAGGUUGUUAUUACGCAUGCGUAGCUUGUAUGUAGCUAGCAUUCGUUUUGAUUGCCAUUAAGAAUAAAUGGAAUGCACAGAACCCAAUUUGAUCCCGCGCGUGUUGACCUUCUUCCCCUCGUAAUCUGAACACGCGUGUUUUGACCAUCUAUCUCGUGAAACUUACGCGAAGCACCGCGUUGGAGCAAAAGGAGCCUGUGAACAGGCCUUUGGUCGAGCGGGGAACUAGGGAGAGGGAAAAGCCUUUCCCUUCCCUUUCCUUGCUAUUUUUUUCCGCAAACGGAGGGCAUUUUCACAGGCUGGAGCAAAAGCGUUUGGACCUUUGAUCAUUGUCGUGCGCACUCCCUAACCUUUGGUUAUUACUAGUAUAUUAUUAUUUGUGUUAAUUGGCCCACUUUGCACUGAUUGCAUCAGCAGAAUUCAAAGGCACUUUUACCUAGAAACGAAACAUUUAGGGCCAGUUAUCAUGAAGACGCAGGAAGAACUAAAUUUUCCACCAUUCUGGUAAUAGGCAUAUCCCUUUUAUUUUAUAUUAUUAUCAUUAUUGCAUUUUCUGUUGAUGUCUACCUUCUUGUUAUUGAUACAAAUUCUGGAUUAAUUUGGGUUUCUGGGAAACUUCACACCUACCCCUCCCCUAAGCCAACGUUAACACUUACUUCUCACCUGGGGCAAAAUGUUGGCUUUGGGGAGGGGUAGGUACGCAGUUUCUUAGACAUUUUGAGUGAUCUUGUUAUCCUUAUUCUUAGGUGUCGUUGCUAGAGUAUCGUAAUCGUUCUCGAAACAGACUGUCUGUUGAUUUACCCCGACCUGUACUACCAAACCCGGCCACUGUGGCAACACCUGCAAGCGCUCCAUCUUCAACAUACUCUUCUUCUGUGAUAAAAUCUUCGUCCCUCAGUGCGUCACUUCCGAAUCUCAGUGUGUCGUCAUCGUCCGCCAGCUCGCUUGUGCACAGAUCAGCAGUCCACAGUGGAGAAAUAAAUGGGCCAAGAUUGGAACCAGUCAGCCCUGAUUUGGAGGACAAGUCGUCGUCUGGUAAGUGAAUAGGCUGAUUUAGCAACAGAACGGGAACGUCAGUUGACGACGGCGCGCGCAAAUCAAACAACUGGGUUCACCAAUAUUACAGAGUGGCAAAUUGGGCACCGGAAGUCGAGUUUAGUCCUUUCCGCGCGCUUUCCCGUCGUCAAAUGACGUUCCCGUUCUGUUCCUAAAUCAGCCUAAUUAGCGAACGUAGGCUGCGUCGCUGGCACUUUUGAUGAAAGAGAACUCUCAGCGAAGCCGCCAGAGGAAUCCUUAUCGCUUUCCCACAAAACCGCCCGUUACGUGCGAUGCUGUGUAACGAAGGUGUUGGUUAGCAUCUUCGUUUAGAUCGUGAAUCUGUUUUGUAAGAUCUUAGGUAUCUUUAAAGACAGGCUCUUAGCGUGGAUCUCCACUGUUGAGUAAUUUUUAUGUCCGUAAGCGCGUCAAAUUUACUAACCCCGCUUAAUAUGGACGCCUCAUUAUUACGGCAACCCUCCAAGUUAAAGUUUUUGCUUGGUCGCCAUUUGGCAACCAACUCUUUUGGUUUAGGGAGACUUGUUUUCAAAUCAAGUCCUCAGCUCUAAAAUUUAGGCGCGAUGGCGACCAAACUGGUUGCAACUUGGAGGGUUGUACGGACAGUUUACUUUGUCCCUGGGGAAAGAAAUCCCGUACAUUUUCUCUGUAUUCAACCCGCUUAAAACGGACACGCUGUUAAUACGGACAUUUCCUAGGGUCUCUUCAGUGUCGGUAUGAACGGGUUUGACUGUAACAUAGAGGCAAUGUAUGAACGGUCGAACAUGCACUGUUCCUGAUAUCUUUAUCUCUAGCGCUCUUCUCAAAAAGAAAAACAAGCGCCCGGUCGCAGCGGUUGGGCUUAACUCAACCCCAGUAAUGAUAGGUGGAGAGUGGUUAAGGCGACCGGUGCGUUGAUUUUGGACCCUAUUUACAUUCAACAGAUUUAUUAAGGCAAUCAUCGAAGCCUCCAAACAGUUCUUAUGGAAGAGUGAGUUAUCCAAAGAUUGAGGGAAAAGGAUUGAUGUUUGAUGGAGACGCACGUCUGAAAAGAGGUUAGUACGCAAUGCCUCAGUCUGAACACCCCUUAUGUCAAUAGAAGAAUGCACUAGCAAGGGUAAUUUUAUGCCAAACAACCUCCAUUAUCCAGACGUGAUGGAUGCCCAGUGCUCGAAAAAAGUCCUAUCCUGUCGCAGGGUUUUCUUUAGGAGCCGGUCGCCGGCAAUUUCACGUGAACUCACCACCUUAUUUUCUUUGGAAAGCCAAGAUUUAAUGAUGUCUGUGUUCUGUUCAAACACUCCUGUUUUUGCUCCAAGAUGUUUGAAAUGUAUUGAAAGAGGCCCAGAUUUCAAAAUUUUUCCAGAAACUCGCGCCUUCGGUGUUCGCAAGUCGCGCCUUUGCCGCAAGGUUUUUCCAUCGCCACUUACUCCAACACUUUUGCCACCUCCUUAAAAUCUUGUUGAAAACCCUGGGGCAAGUCGAUUUUACUUGUUGGGCAAGUAACUUUGUUAACUCACUUGUCCAAUUAUCCGGUGAUUAACAUCUUAUGUCCUUUCAGAAAUACAAAGAAAACGCGAUUUAGUGACGAAGAAAGAGGAAGCUGAGAGAAAUCUGACAUCGUUUAUCUCGGAGCAACUGCUCAAAGGUGCGUAAGUGUCGUUUCAAUCCAUUUUAGUGUCAAACUUAUUGCCUUGAAUUUAAGGAACAGUAUUUACUAGUAGUUUGGGAUUACGACGUCGCAAUGUCGCAUAAUUCAGAGCUGCAAACAACACUUGGUCACCGGAUAAUGCCCCUGAAAUUCGCGCGUUGCGCGAUGAAAUCCUGUCUGUGGUUUAACAUGAUAAACGGACUUAUUAAAUACCAGACUAUCAUUUUGAAGCUGAAGAUUUUCGUGAUAGAAAACUACACUAUUCUUUUUCUGAGAAUUUCGUUCGUUUGUUUAAAGGAACUACAGUGCAGCUACGACUUAUUGACUUCAUUUUGAAUAUAUUACAUGCAGAGGGUAUGAGCUUUACACAAUAUUUUUCUGUUUUUCCUCAGAUUCUAAAUCGAGACCUCCUACAGUUAUUGGCAGAUCACCAGGCUCCAGUAGCAAUGACUCUUCGAACCAAUCUGCAGACCUAACGGGUAUUUUUAUUGUUAAUUGACUUCUUAUGAUGUUAUGUUAUUAUAUGGCUCAAUCCGCGAGCGGGCAAGUUGAACGAAUCAUGCGUCCUGAUGGACCACCCGAGCGGCAAGCUGCGGGACCAUCUUGCCCCUUCGGGAUUUCCCGCGUUGGUCCCGUGUAAUUCUUGGGAAGUGAAACUCACAAUAUCGCUAUUAAACGCGUUUGCGGCAGCAAAUAUUUGUUUCCCGUUUCGCUCUACCCUUCUAAUGGCAAUGCGCUAUAAGUAUUAUUUUUGAUCAUGUGUUUUUUCACAUGUAUAGGAGAUGCCAUGGACAUUGAGGACGACGAUAGCAACUCGAAUUCCAAUAUCUACGUCAAUACUCCAGUGGUUCCACCUUCCACGCACCCACUCUCCACGCUCUCACGUCCCACGCCGCUUCCGCAUCGUUCGUCUCUAUUGUCACAAUUUAAUCAACCGGUAAGCCUUUGUUUUGUUGUUGUUUGUUUGUUCCUUUCAUUUUUAUAUUUUUAUGUCCUUACUGCGCUGGAGACGGUCUUUCUAGUCAUAUUUAAACCCCAUUUACGCGCGCUAAAAAAAUCGGCACGGCACGCCAAAUUUUUGGCACCGUGCCUCGUUUACCCGUGCCGAGACUACCUCCGGGGGGUAGUCUCUGCACCCCUAAAAUUUUGAGCACUGGUGCCACAUUACAUUUGGGACCGAUACGUUUAUACGUCGAAAAUUGGGAGUGCCGUGCCUUAAAAUCGUCAGAACAGUGCCAAAAAUUUGGCGUGGCGUGCCGUGCCGAUUGUUUUAGCACGUGUAAAUGGGGUUUUAGUGUUCAAUUUCUGAUUGCCGUGUGUUCUUGUUGCCUUUAGAAUUACAGAAUAGGGCAUUCACACCAUCAUCCCGUUUAUAUAUCACCGGCCGCGCCCCAGCUUUCCUCUCCGUCACAGCCACCGCCACGGUUACCAAGCAGCUCACCGCAGUUCCUUGUAACCAGUCCUUCGGGGCCCGCGCAUGUUCGUUAUCAAUCGCCGUACCAGGCUGCUCCGUCACAAACGGCCGGUUUCUUCCGCCAUUGACCUGAACCCUACAGCCGGGGUUCUGGCUUUCAAGAACUGAAUAUUGUAGUUACUGAAUUUAACAGACAGUUCUCCUGUAACAUUGUAUUGAAAUGUAUUGAAAUGAGAGGCCUCGGGUGUGUGUUUAGCAUAUCAGUUAAUGUUGUGUAGAGCCAAGCUCUUAAGAUAAAACGCGGUUAUCGUGAAUUUCAGCCGUUGUUGUUUGGAUAGCGUGGAUAAGACGAGAAGGCUUGGUUUAAAAAUUGUAUUUAGACAUGGUGAUUUUUGGGUGAGUUUCGCAUACGCAGAGAGUGGUCAAAGUAUUACGAGUUAUUCAACGUUUUCAGGCCCUAAUUUCUCAUUGAUAAGAGAAAAAAGCACAGUAUUGGAGUGUUAUGGCUCCACUAGAUUUUACAGUCGUUGGUUGCGACAAUUCACUUGUGAUAUACAGCUAUUUCGAGAAAGGUUGUCGGGAAAAUGUGCACGCGACAAUCCCGAAAGGUAAUAUGAGAUGUGAUCAACGUACACUGUUCCUGACACUUACUCUCGUUGCUUUCCAUGGCCUCUCGUGCCAUUCUUUUAAAUUUCUUUGAAGAACAAUGAAUUCAAAACCACGUUUGGGGAUUGUCGCGUACACUUUUUCCGACAACCUUUCUCGAAAUAGCUGUAUACAGUACUGCAGUUGUUUUACGUACAUACGUCUCCCUGUAUUAUAGCUCGCCCCAUAUCUU